AUGGCCGAAAGGAAAGCGGUGAUCAAGAAUGCUGACAUGUCCGAGGACAUGCAGCAGGACGCGGUGGAGUGCGCCACCCAGGCCCUGGAGAAGUACAAUAUUGAGAAAGACAUCGCUGCCUACAUCAAGAAGGAAUUUGACAAGAAAUACAACCCGACUUGGCACUGCAUCGUAGGAAGAAAUUUUGGCAGCUACGUGACUCACGAGACCAAACAUUUCAUCUAUUUCUACUUGGGCCAGGUGGCCAUCUUGCUUUUCAAGUCCGGCUGA